UGACUUCCGCAGUUGAAGCAGACAAGUUUAGCACUCUGAAAAUCAUUCAGAGAAAAAUAAAUUACCAUGUUCAUUGUGCGGCAUCUGGUUCUCCACUGGUCUUGCUUUACUUUAAUCCCUGUCAGGAGAGGUGUAGACAAACUCAACCUGGGGCUUCAUGGCUUCAUGCUUUGAGCAAAGAUUUCAUGCGGAUCAGUUGCAGUCCCAUGGCUUUGCCUCGCCGGCGCCUCCUCCUCCUCGCUGUCAUCGUUGUCGCAAUCGUCUUCCUCCCACAGGUGUUCUCCCAGCUUCCCAACAUAUGUGGGACAAAGGCCAAUGGCAGGUAUGCCUGCCCCGAUUGCUCUACCUCUGCUGCAGCCACCUCAAAUCGCAGCGCCGGCUUCGAAGCCAACCUCCUCGAGCUCCAGGCCUCUCUCCAAAACAUGGCCCCUGCCGACGCCAGCUUCCUGAACGCCACAUUCGCCACCACUGACGGCGACAUGGCGGACACGGUUUAUGGCCUUGCCAUGUGCUUCGCCGAUGCCGAGCAGUCCGACUGCUCCGCCUGCCUUGCUGGCGCGGCAGCUGAGCUGGCCGGGACCCGGUGUGCAGGCCACAAGGACAUGGUCCUCUGGUACUCGCACUGCCUCGUGCGCUACAACGACACCGCCUUUGGCACUGCAGACACGUCGCCGGCGCAGCGGUUUGACGUGCCCAACCCCAACAACUUCUCCAACCCGGUGAGCCUGGGUGUGGCACGGCAGAGGUUGGCCUCUCGGAUGCUCCCCGCGGCGGCGGCCUCGGGGGUUCGGUUUACCUUCGACAGCGAGGAGGUCACCGCAAACACGACGCUGUAUGGGCUGGCGCAAUGCUCGAGGGACCUCCUGGCCGAGGAGUGCAGCCGGUGCUUGGCGUCGCACACGGCCUGGUUGGCUGGAUGCUGCGCCGAUAUGGAUGGUGUCCGUCUCAAUGGACCCAGCUGCUACCUGCGCUAUGAAUUCAUGGGCUUCAUCCCGAGCAUGCCACCGUCCAUGACGCCACUACUACCUCUAGCUCCAGCUUCUGUGCCAGGUACUCCCUCUGGAAGGAAGAACGCCAGGAUAUACAUACUAGUUGGUACCCUGAGCGCAUUAGCGCUGCUGUCCUUCUUUCUUGGAGCACUCCUGUGCUACAAGAAGAAACGGUAUUUCUCACUUCCUCCCAUGCCCUGGAAGAGGGACACGCCAAAGAUUGAAUCUUUCCUGCAGCGGCAACAUCCGAGGAGAUACAGCUACUCGCAAGUGAAACAGAUGACGAAAUCUUUCGCGCACAGGCUCGGCCAAGGCGGAAAUGGCGUGGUCUACAAAGGCAGCCUCCCGGAUGGCCAUGAGAUUGCUGUGAAGAUGCUCAAGGACAACAAAGACGUCGAUGGUGAGGAUUUCAUGACCGAGGUCGCCAGCAUCAGCCAAACCUCCCAUGUCAACGUCGUCACGCUGCUGGGAUUCUGCUUGCAAGGGAGAUCGAAAAGGGGCCUCAUCUACGAGUUCAUGCCUAACGGCUCCCUCGAAAGGUACAGUUUUGGGCAAGCCACUGAGCACUCGCUCGGCUGGGAGACCCUUUUUGACAUUGCUGUUGGCAUCGCGAGAGGCUUCGAGUAUCUGCACCGAGGUUGCAACGCGCACAUUGUGCAUUUCGACAUCAAGCCUCACAAUAUCCUCCUGGACCGGGACUUCCGGCCUAAGAUCUCCGAUUUUGGACUUGCCAAGUUGUGCUCCCAGAAAGAGAGCACUAUCGCAGUGUCCAUCGUUGGAGCCCGGGGAACGAUCGGGUACAUCGCGCCCGAGGUGUUUUCGAGGGGAGUAGGGGCAGUCACUAGCAAGUCCGAUGUCUACAGCUAUGGCAUGAUGGUCCUUGAGAUGUCUGGGGCUAGGAGAAGCAUGGACGCUGACGAGGUUCCUGGUUCAGAGACCAGCAACAGCAGCAAGUAUUUCCCCCAGUGUUUGUAUGAAGGUCUAGAUCAGUUCUGCACAAGGGCCUGUGAGAUCGAUAGCGAGGCUACCGAGCUGGUGAGGAAGAUGGUGGUGGUUGGGCUGUGGUGUGUGCAAAUCUCCCCCUCGGGUCGGCCUUCCAUGAGCAGAGUGGUCGAGAUGCUGGAGAAGAGCACUGAAGAGCUUCAGCUACCACCACAUGGACCUUGAACACGCAGACGCUUUGUGUAUCAUUGUGAAGGAAUAAUGCAGUUAAUUGUACAACUCAUUGAUCGAUGGAUGCUUCGUUCAGGUUACUGAACUCUUUGAAACUAAAGUGAAUGGUUUCAUUCGGUGAUGUAUGCACUAGCA